GCUAUCCAUUAAGUACAUAUAUUGACUAGUUAUUUUUUCCGCAGGAUCCCAUAGCUGAAGGCGUACUGGGUAAGAGGGACUGAUUCACAAACAAAUCGAGUGUUGUGUAGACAAAGAUCGUGAUACUGAUGCGAUCCACAGUUUUGGGAGUAGGCAGCGGGUGCAAGGACAUGCAAGGGUAUUUAAAAGAGCCGACAUUGAAGCAGUGAUACCCGAGUUUGUGGGAGAAGAGAUUUGGCAAAGGCCACCCAUUUACUCAGCCCUUAAAAUGAAUGGCAAGAAGUUGUACGAAUACGCACGGCAAAAUCUCGAAUUGCCAAAAGAAAUCCAGUUACGACCAGUAUCGAUUCAUCAGAUAGAUUUGACUCAUCUAGAUGACAAUAUGCUGCAGCUCACGGUAGAGUGUGGAGGGGGCGUCUAUAUGAGAAGCCUUGUGCACGACUUAGCCAUUCGACUAGGCACUUACGGCCACAUGACAGCAUUGCAGCGAACACAACAAGGCACUGUCCUUUUGGGUAGAGAUACGCUAGAGCUGGAAUCAUUAACCUCUUACCGGGACAUUGUUUGGCUUUAGGCCGUAUUGUCCAUUUUCGGCAGACUUUGUUGUGAUGUGCUGCAGUGAGAAAAUAAAAAAAUCCCAUAUUAAUAACGCUGA